AUGAAGGUCACUAAUCUUUCCAUUCUGGCUUACACGGGCCUCGCCACAGCCCUCACACAACAAUGCUCUGGCAGCGCCGUCAACGAAGGCGGAAACUGGUUCUGCGGUGUUAUUGAUCAGAUUCUCUAUGAGGGAUUCUCCAGCAGCGGAAAUUUCAAGGCUGUUACAAAGAUGGGAGACGAUGGAUCUUGUGAUCAGGAGCCCUUUUCUUACGACGGCGCUCUUGGACCUCUGAGUGAGGAUCUGUCUGUCCACAUUCGAGGCCCCUUCAACCUCAAGGAGUUUGCAGUCUACAACCUCGGCUCCAGCGAGAAGAAGCGUGACUCUGCUCCCUCUCCUCACCUCCACGGCCAUCGUCAUUUCCACGAACAGCGCAAGAAGAAGCGUGGGGACUGGGUCACUGCCACCAUCAACGGACAAGUCGUAUCCUGGGAGAACACUUACAACGGAAGCCCUGCUACCCAGGCUGCUCCUGUUGCUAUCCCUGCUGCCCCUACCGACUCUGUGAAUGUUGUCAAUGAGAAGAAGCCCCUGGACAAGAUCAAGAGCAAGGUUGAAAAUGUAAAGAGCAAGGUGAACCAGGUCAAGAGCAAGGCUCCCUCAAAGGCAAAGGAGUACACUGCUACUCCCGGCGGACACUGGAAGCGUACUUCUUACUACAACGCUCAGCGACGUGUUGCUGAUAAUGUUAUCUUCAUGGGCAACUAUGGUGGUGAGGGCUCUGGAGUCUUUGACAACACCUGGGGGAACUCUCUCUCUUACCUCAACGCCAACGGAAACGGUGGCUCCUCUUCUCCCAAGAUCCUGAAGGACGUCUUCAUCCCUUCCAACAAAGAAUUCGCCAUCUUCAGCUCUGAGAAGUGUGACGAGAGCUGCGGUUACUCUCGUGUCCCUGAUGUUGCCUACAAGGGCUUCUCCGGCUCAAACAAGAUCUUCCUCUUCAACUUCAAGAUGCCCUUCGAUGGCAACACCGGCUUCAACGGCGACAUGCCCGCCCUCUGGGCUCUCAACGGCCGCAUUCCCCGAACUGGCCAAUACAGCGGAUGCAGCUGCUGGAAGACAGGCUGUGGUGAGGUCGACAUCUACGAGGUCCUCGCUACUGGCGAUGAUAAGUGCAAGAGUACAUUCCACUUGACGAACGGCGCUGGAAGCUCUGAUUACUUCAUGCGUCCUGCCGACAAGUACAUCAAGGUUGCUGUUGUGUUCUGUGAGCGUACGUCGAGCGUUGCCAUCAAGCAGUUGGAUGAUAGCUUUGAUUUUGGAUCGUCUUUGAGCGAUGAGACUGUGAAGGACUGGAUUAAGACCAUGUCUUCCCCUAAGAAGGGAAGCAGCCUGUUCCAGCUGUCUGUGUCUGUGUAA